GUCUCCUUCUUCAUCGUGGUCUGAUAUCGUCGACACAAAUCCAGUCGACUGCUGUACCGAAUCCCACCUGGUGUGAUAGCAGGUCGGGCGGCAUUCAGGUAAUGCCUGAUCUCUCAGUAGUAACCAGCGCCAAUGUUGCCCCCAAGAGUCGACGAGCGAGCAAGAUUCGCCAAUGCAUGACUUGCGGUCGCACCUUUGCCAAAACCGAUCAUUUAGAAAGGCACAUCAGGUCUCAUACAAAGGAAAAGCCCUUCAAGUGUGCUCAGUGUGGGAGGAAAUAUGGUCGCCACGACACUUUAUUGCGGCAUCUAAAGGAUCAUUCCGAGGACCCUCCGAAUGUUAUUAAUGACAAGCAACAGCAACAACGUACCAGCAUUUCGAUCGACCCGGAGUCCGGUCUGUCAACGUCUCAACCACCUAUCCCCGUUACCGAUCUUCCCUUCACGGGGCCGCCGCCUGUGAUCCCCCAGGCGCAAGAUCUCGUCGCGAAUGCGACCGAGGGUGCCACCAUGGAUAUUGCCAGACUAGAAUUCGAUAGCGGCGCAGAGUACCAAAACGCUGAUAUCGGGCAUCAUGAGACUGUUUCAGUGGUGGCCUAUCCCGAAUCUUUCAGUUCCAACCCGUUGGCGAACAACUUUGACCCUUCAUUAGACGCACUCGAUUUCGAAGCCCAGUUUCCCUCUUGGGUGGUUCCGACAGAUCUUGAUUUCCAUACCGGAAUCCUUGACACGCCACUGGCCACGAGUAUGGCUGAGCUCAGGCCUGGCUGGCCCGAGAGUCCUUUUGCCAUGUACAGUUCGUCAGCCUACAAGCCGGUCGACAACAUGAAACGUCUUUGGUUCACUCCAAACGACGAUGGGCAGGACGAAAUUCCGCCUUCAGGGGCUGCAACACCUCCUGCAUCGCAAGUUGAAGUCGACGACUCGUAUCGCCAGACCUUACACCAAAGCCUACAGAUUCGCUCAGUCCAUGAGCAGACUCUGCCCUCCUCGGACUUCCUCAAUCUCUGCGUCAGAUCAUAUUUCGCGCGGUUCCACCCUGUCUUUCCAGUGGUGCACGCACCAACAUUUCGUCCAUCGAAGGCCAAUUCCAUGGUUCUUUUGUCCAUCUGCUCCGUUGGCAGUUUGUUUACUGGCUCUGCACACGCCAUCCGUCAAGGAGUCCAGAUUUUUGAACGGUUGCACAAGGCUGUGCUGGCCAACUGGGACCGUCUCAUUGCUCGAGGAACAGACGAGAAGAUCUCUCUCAUCCAAACGGCGAUAAUCGGACAGACUUUCGGCCUGCUCUCAGGGGAGCCUAAGCAUCUAUCAAUUGUGGACACUUUUAAUGGUACUCUCAUUUCCUGGGCGCGGCGUCUAUCGACCUUCAAGACAAGGAAAUUGAGAGGACUCGAUCUCAAUCUUCCUCCCGCUGAAUUGGACAAGCAAUGGAAAGAAUGGGCAAAGAACGAAGAACUCAUCCGGAUAGCAUUGGCAGUACAUAUCCACGACGCCGAGCUCGCAAGCAUCUUUCACCAUGAACCCUUUCUGCGUCACAAUUCGAGACAACUUCCGGUGGCCGCCUCGAAUCAGAUGUUUAUGGCUUCUAAACCUGAAGAAUGGCGUCAGUCAUACCUCAAUGAUCCGAGCAAUUUCGAGACCGACUACUCAACGCCCGCAUCUGUUGACGCGCACAUCGACUUUGACAUUUUGUCGACGCCAAGGAAUAGCUACUUCACAGCAUACACAGUCCUGGAGGGAAUCGGCGUGAACAUCGUGGAGAACAGAAUCGAUGCUCGUUUAUCUCCAUCAACGAUGGAAGAGCUGUCGGACCUCCUGAACACAUUCUACACCCGUUUUCUUCAGGGAACAGCUUCGUGGGAGCCUGAUCGUAUGGACAUGACCAUUCUUUGGCACCUGGCUUACAUGACGAUCUGUGCCGACUUCGACCUGCUGGAAAGGGCGAUCGGCCGCGAUGGUUCACAACUUUCAAGCGAGGAUCGACUGGCGGUCACAGACUGGGCCAACUCGAACGAUGCUAAGCGCUGCGUCAUACAUGGCUCCAUCGUUCAGAAGAAAUUGGAAGACUUGCCUCUUGGUUCGGAACCUGCCAUCCACGUUCCGAGGGCGAUGUUUAGAGCUGGGAUUGCCUGGUUCUGUUACACUCGAUUCGGGGUCAGAGAUAACGGCAACAGGGCAGUCGCCGCAGAAAGCCUCGAUUUCCCAGAGUUCAGGCUACUCGGGGUCAAUCCUGCAUUGCUGCUGUUCCAGGCAAAUGGCUAUAAACAUGGACUUCCCACGUCAGCAGAGAUCAAUGCAGCCUUGUGUGGACUCACAGAUCUCCUGAGGCGGAUAGGUCAUUGGGAAAUAGCACGGCGGUUCGCUGCUAUUUUGGGCGCCCUUUUACACAACGAAGCUGGUUGAGGAGCAAGCCAUUCAUCAGUCCAAUGAUUUUCUAGGGUGUGCUCGGGAGAGAUACUUCUCCUAAUAGUUGGUCCACCAUAGAUUCCUGCACCUCCGCAACAUACAAGAAUUGAUCAAGCAAGCCAAAGACAGUGUCACUGCUCAGCUUGUCUCCGGCUGAGACCAAGCUGUAGACAGCAGCUGCUACAUUCCAAUACCACUUUCUGCGACCUCGAUUUCCCUCUGAAGCACAUGCACCGACCAACAAUGCCCAAACCAGGACAGGAUCACUCUUCCAUGCGUUACCGGAGCUCCUCUUCAACGUAGCCUGCAGCCGGGCAGACAAGACCUUCAUUGUUCUCCUGCGGCCCACCACAGAGGUGACCAUGUACGUCCAAGUCAAAAGCGCAAGCCGCGAGACCUCCUCGGUCCAAGUCACUGCCGCAUAAUGCAGUAGACGGCUUCGUAACGCAGCGGCCCGCAGAUGCCGCCAUCGCACGCGCUCGUGAGCGACCUGUGGCUCCAUGCCAUGGCCGACCCUCAAUUGCAACUUCAUCUCUUGGUUGAACUCGACGAGAUCAACCAUGAUGCUUUUCAGUUGCGGACUAGUCAUGAAAGCAUCUAUGGUCUCCAUAAGCGCUUUGUGGUCAAAUCGAUCGCAUUCGCCAAAGGCCAGCCCACUAUCGCGCAAGGACCCAGGAUCGUAGUCGUCGGGCUGAAAGAAAGGCUUGUAAAGCAGUUCGGCUGCUAUGAACUCGUCUCCGAGGAUGAACCAUUCGCGCCAGGCAGGGUCGAGUGACUUCAAGCCUCCAAUCUGACCGACCAAUUGCGCAACGGCCCUUACAUGCAUCCUUGCGGCCUGCACGUCAAAGCGAAAGAAGUCCGUAUUGGCGAGUGUGUGGAUAUCGUAGAUAAGGUUGACGUCGACCGCGUUGCACGCUUGAAGCCGGUGCCUCGUCGAUCGGAUUGCUUUACAUAUCAGCACCGCUGUGUCCGUCGGCGGCGCAAUGCCUUCAAAGUAGUGCAUUUGACUUGCACUGGAAGCCAUCAUUGCAAACAUGCUCGAUUCGUUUGAAAGACAAUUGGCAAUGCGGUCAGUUGCAAACCGUCGGAAUCUAUACUGUCCUUGAUAGGCGCGUGCCUCGGCGUGCCAGUUGCGUGGGUGUGAAACGUUGAGGGCAUACUGAAGCAAUUGAUGAACCUUGUCGUCAAUGGCGAUGCAGCUGGUGUUGAAUGGAUCUGUUGCAUUGCGCCUGAUCAUCGACCAGAUUGGCGUAACGACCACUUUGUGUCGCAGCGAGUCCUCGCUUGAGUUGGUCGGAGACUCAUCGCAUCCAAAAGAAAGGCGGAGCUCGGUCGUGUCCUGGCCGUGAGAUACUUGCCUGGACCGGGUACUAGUAGUGUCGUGGCACUGCAAAUGCGAACUUUCGUUGUCUUUGGUCUGUAGAGCAGUCGGACUGGGCAGUGAAGUCUGGCUGCGCUUUGUUUGGUGCUUUGCGAUCAAUCUGAGUUUUUUGACGUCGAAGACUGGU